AUGUAUUCUCAGAGGAAGCUGCCCAUCCUGGUGUCUUCGGUGGUGAGCCUGUACUUCCUGGAGCUGACAGACAUGUUCAAGCCGGUCCGGUCGGGCUUCAGCUGCAACGACCGCAGCCUGAGUCUGCCGUACAUCGAGCCCACGCACGAGGCAGUGCCCUUCCUCAUGCUGCUCAGUCUGGCCUUCGCCGCUCCCGCCAUCACGAUAAUGAUCGGAGAGGGGAUUCUGUUCUGCUGCCUGUCCAGGAGGCACAACGGGGCCGGAGCCGAGGCAGACAUCAACGCCGCCGGCUGCAACUUCAACUCCUACAUACGCCGGGCUGUGAGGUUUGUGGGUGUCCAUGUUUUUGGCCUCUGUGCCACCGCCCUCAUCACUGACAUCAUCCAGCUGGCCACGGGCUACCACGCCCCGUACUUCCUAACCGUCUGCAAGCCCAACUACACCAGCCUCAACACCUCCUGUGACGAGAACGCCUACAUCAUGGACGACAUCUGCUCCGGAGCCGACCCUGCCAUCAUCAACGCUGGCAGAAAAUCGUUCCCUUCCCAGCAUGCCACUUUGGCAUCCUUCGCCGCCGUCUACAUCUCGAUGUACUUUAACAGCACGCUGACGGACUCAUCGAAGCUGCUCAAGCCUCUGCUCGUCUUCUCCUUCAUCAUCUGCGCCAUCAUCUGCGGCCUGACCCGGAUCAUCCAGUACAAGAACCACGCCGUCGACGUCUACCUGGGCUUCAUCCUCGGAGGAGGCAUCGCCGUCUACCUGGGUCUGUAUGCUGUGGGGAACUUCCAGCCCAGUGAGGAGGAGUCCAGUGCCCAGCCACCGCUCCGAGGGCCCCCCAGGACCCUGCCCGCCUACGGGGGCCACGAGGCCGGCCCCGGGGCCCGGCACCUUCCGGCCAAAGGCGUGGUGGGCGUGGGCGGCAGCAGCAGCAGCGACGGCGGCCUGUCGACGUCGCACUCGGAGGGCGCGCUCCACCGCAACCACCACGGCCCGCCGCUGCACGGGCCCGGCUCCAUGGGCAGCCUGAAGCGCUCCAGCGCCGACGUGGAGGUCAUCUCGCCCAUGGCGGCCGCACUGGCCAAGGACAGCUCGCUGGUCACCUUCAGCAACACGCUGCCCCGCGCCCACGUGACGGCCAGCGGCGGCGGCGGCGGCGGGGGCGACGAGCAGCAGCAGGUGUCGCGCCGCACGGCCACCUACCACGCCUCCAUGGACUCCAGCCGCUCCAAGCAGCUGCUGUCGCAGUGGAAGAGCAAGAACGAGAACCGCAAGCUGUCGCUGCAGGCCAUGGAGCCAGGCGGCGGCGGCGGCGGCGGCGGGAGCGUGUGCGGACCGUCGCCCUCGCGCAGCAUGGACGGCCGCUGCAGCUCCGAGCCCUCGUCGGGGGGCCUCAACGGCGAGCUGCUCCACCUCCAGCAGCAGUACCUCCAGCAGCAGCAGCUCCAGCAGCAUCUACAACAACAGCAGCAGCAGCAACAGCAACAGAUGAUGCAGCAGCAGCAGCAGCAGCAGCAGCUGCAGCACUACCACCCGAGCCAGCUGCACCAGGGCCCCGCCGCGCAGUACCUCAAGCUGGCCACGGUGGGCAACAGCAACACGCUGCCCACCAACCCCAGCGGCAUCACCGGCGGCGCCCGCGUCUCCAUGCAGUCGCGCCCGGGCUCCUCGCAGCUGGUGCACAUCCCCGAGGAGACGCAGGAGGGCGGCUGCGGAUCGCCCACCUCCAGCGCCGCCGCCCGCGCCAAGUGGCAGAAGGCGGCCGAGAUGGGCGUCGCCGUGACGACCACGUCGUCGUCGGCCUCCAUGCCGUGCGUGGCAGCGGGCGGCGGCGGCGGCGGAGGUGGACAGGGCAGCAUCAGGACUAACGGGCAGCCGCGCAUCAUGCAGGUGAUCGCCAUGUCCAAGCAGCAGGGGCUGCUGCACUCCAACUCGCAGAGCUCGGAGGGCAGCGGGAACUCCUUCCGCUACAAGACGCUGCAGGAGCAGCAGGAGAUGUCCAGCGGCGGCGGGGGGCCCGGCUCGCUGACCGGCGUGCCCACGGCCGGCAGCACCGCGGGGAGCGUCCAGGGCUCCAUCAUCCGGGUGGACGCGCACCCCGUCCGGGUGGACGCGCACCCCGAGGACACGCGGGUGACGGUGCAGGCGCCCUGUCCUGACGGCGGUCCCGGGAGUGGCUCGUGGACGUGGAAGUCCCAGGGCAGCCUGCGGCAGUCCUUCGAGCUCAACGACCUCAACCGGGACUCGGGCAGCUCCGAGUCGCUGCGGGACAGCUACGGCUCGGCCGACCGCGUCAAGAGGGCGAGCGGCCACGCGCCCAUCCCCGCCGCCAUGCCCACCGUGCCGACCGUCUCCGCGGGCUCCACGGUGACCACCAUCAGCACCGGCUCCGUCACCGACCACCACCACCCGCAGCAGCCCCCCUACCCCCACCCACACCUCCAUCAGGGCAUCUCCACCAUCCGGGUCACCCCGCUGGAGGGGAGCGGGGACGGGGCCCUGAGCGGCUCGGAGAGCCUAUCGGUGGCCUCCAGCCGGGAGUCCACGCUCCGCCGGAAAGGCAACCUCAUCCUCAUCCCCGAGCGGAGCAACAGUCCCGACAACGCCCGGAACAUUUUCUACAAGGGAACGUCCUCCACGCCUGUUCCCAGGGAGUAGGACUUUGCUCCCAAAAAAAAGGAUUUGCGUGGCCUUUUCGUCAUUGUUGUUUAUUUUCGGUUCGGUUUUGUUGUUUUGAAAAAGCAGGAUUUGCUGCCGGGAUCGAUAGAGAACCUCUAAAAAAAAACACACAGAUGAAGGAUGAGGAAUCAGCUCUUUGCAUCCAUGUGAAGCCUCAAGCUGGUGAUGGGAAUCAGCUCCACCAUGGUUAAGGUUUUCAUUUUCUUUGUUUACUGUAUUCACAUUUAGAUAUAGUGAGGCCAUUUUUUAUUGUGCAUGGGAUGUAUUUUUUGGUCAUUUAGAAUAAAUAUAUAUAAAUACAGUAUAAUAAAUAUAGUCGCACAAAAAGCACAAACUUAAAUGUUGUGAAGUUUACUCUAAACUGAGAGAAUGGCGUAGGAAAACGUGUCAAAGGCUGCAGUUGCCCUAGUCUCUCCUUAGAUUGUCGGUGCAUACGACCACUGUGAGAAGGAAGGCUUGUCUUUGUGCCAAGGUUAGAAAAGUCAAUGGUGGUGAAAGUAUUCAAAUGUUUAUUUUAUUCUCCCCCCUCCUCUCCCCAAGAGUAAGUCCCCAUGCAUCAAUGGUAUUCUCUACGGACUCCAAGUGUAACAUUUAUUUGUUUGAUAUUUCCUUUUUAUUAUGUAAAUAUUUCUAAAAUCGGUGCUACACCACCAUUAUUGGUUUAAAAAAAUGUGGAAGAAGAGAAAAAAAAUACUGAACCUGAAAAAGAUCAAACAUAAACUUUGUAUUUUUAGCUGUGCACUCUUCAGAAAAAAACUGUGUUUGUUGUGAGAAGCUUUUAUGACCAUAAGUGCUUAGAAUACCUAACUGUAGCCAAUAAUGGAAAUGUUUUAUAAUCCGCACAAUGUGUUAAUUUUAUACACUUUGCAAUAUAAUGACCAUUAUUUUUGAAAAUUAACAUACAGUAUGUAAUUACCCAAACUCUCUGUAGCUCUUACCUGUCAAAACAGCUUUAAUAUUUGAGUGGAUCAUUUGUAUUAUUUUGGUUUUACAGCUUAAGGACACUUGACAGGCCUGCUACUCUCUCUCCCUCUCUUUCUCUCUCUCUCACACACACACACACACACACUUUGUCUCGUUAUCUUUUUUCCUGAAUUUAUCUGGCCCCUCUCCUUUCUGUUUCUAUCACUGUUGCUUAUCGGAACAAAAAGCACUAAAUGUUUACUUUUGCUGUGAGCCAGACCUUCUAAAAUCUUAUGCGUGUGUGUGCGUUUGAGUCAGUUGUGUAUGUACGAGUAUUUGUGUGUGUGCUGUGCGCGUGUGUGUAUGUG